AUGGCGGAUACCGUUGAGGAAAGCAAGCAAUCCGUCGCUGGAGAGGGACAGGCCAACGCCAGCGCCGGAAUUGGAGGCAAAGGCAGCGCGGAGAGUUCGAGUAAGAAAACCGAGAAAAAGGCGCCGAAGAAGUUGGGCGGAAAAAAGCAGCAGCAGCCCACUCCUGAAGCAACGCCAUCCCCCGAAAGUGAUGCUGAAGGAGAGGCUGAGAAGGAUGCAGAGACCAAAAAGACGUCCAAACCCGCCGACGACUCGGACAAUGAGCCGCAACCACAGAAGGAGAAGUCGCAAUCACGCCGCCGCCAAUCCCGUGGCCGUGGACGACGAGGUGCCGAUUCCGACUCCGAAUCUGUGGCCCGCUCCGACGUGUCCGCUUCCGGAGGCCGUCGCAACCGCCAGCGCCAGAAGAAGCAGGGCGGCGGUGGAGGUCCUCUGGGCGACAUCACCGAGAACGUUCCCGGCGGCGAGCUCGUUGGCGGUGCCGGCGACAUGGUACAGAACACGGCUGGAAACGCUGUGAACCAGGUCGGCGACACUGCUGGCAAAGCGCUCGGCGGCCUGACGGGCGGCGGCGGCGAUGACGAGGGCGACAGCAAAGGCGAGCAGCUUCGUCUGAGGCUGGAGCUCAACCUCGACAUUGAGAUCCAGCUCAAGGCCAAGAUCCACGGUGAUCUGACGCUCGGAUUGCUCAACUGA